AUGGACAACGCGUCAUCCAAUAAAAAGAAGAUGACAUUUCUCCAGGACGAACUCAACAAGGCGGGUAUUGCAUUUGAUGCCGACGGUAAUCGUGUAUGCAAGCCAAUCAGUAGUGUUCGGACAGUGGUCGUUGCAGCGCGACGAUCUGGCCCGAGGCGCGAGGAGCUUCAGCGCGUCAUCAAGAUGGGCAACCAGUCGAACUUGUGGGGUACUCUUGAAAACCCGGUAGUGCUUCCUGAGGUCCAACUGCUCCGUGAUGUGGACACGCGGUGGUCGUCAAUGUAUAAUAUGAUAAGCCGCAUGCUUAACUUGUACCCUGCCGUCCGACAUUUGAUACUGAAAGACACCCUUGGAGACAUCGCCGAUUUGACAGAUGACGAGCUCAACGUUCUCGUUGACAUCCAUCAGGUAUUCUCGGCCCCGAACGCAGCGCAGGAGUUGCUAUCUGCGGAAAAGACGCCUACCCUUUGUAUGGCGUUACCCGUUUACACCGACCUGAUGGACGUCUGGGAAGAACAGGCCCGGACGAUCCCGGAACUACAGCAUUACAUCAAAAUGGGCAUCGACCGGGUGCAGAAGUAUGUCAACAUUGCCCGAACCAGUCGGAUUUAUGCAUUAGCAAUGAUAGUUGUCGCGGCUCUCUGA